AUGACGCCAAAGCCUACCAAGAGGAUCUGCCUCAAGACGCUCGCAGCCAUCUUCGAUCCUCUAUGCUUGAUGAGUCCAUUUACCGUCCGAAGCAAGAUCCUAUUCCAGGAAACGUGGUCCCGAGGUCUUCAAUGGGACGAUGAGCUGCCCGCCGACAUGAAGCGCAAGUGGGCGGAAUGGGUGACGGAGCUGGAGCGCAGUAGAGCGGUGCACCUGGAGAUGGCCUGCGGACUCGACACUGACAGUUUUCUGCGAGCAUUCCUGAGAUUCAUCGCUCGAAGAGGGAGGCCGUCUGAUAUCAUCUCCGACAACGGGAAUAAUUUUGUUGGAGCAAGUCGCGAGCUACGGAAGCUAGUCGGAGCUCUGGACCAAGAAGUGAUCAAGAGACAAACCACUCACUUCUACGUAGACUGGAAGUUCAUUCCUCCGGGAGCGCCUCAUUUCAAUGGUGGCUGCGAGGCAAUGGUAAAAAGUGCGAAGCGGGCACUACGAAGAACUUUAGAAGCCGCCAAUCUGACAGAUGAAGAACUGAUGACCGCGUUCUGCCGCGCGGAGGCGCUUCUGAACACCAGGCCACUGACCGCGGUCUCAUCUGACCCGUCUGAUGCGCCACCGCUCACCCCGGCAGCGUUCCUGCUCGGUCACACCCAGCUGGAUAUCUGCUCUGAAGACGCUGACACGACCGAGAACGCCAGAAAAAGGUGGCGUCGACUCCAGCAGCUGAACACAGAGUUCUGGCGGCGCUGGAUCAGAGAAUACUUACCAAGUCUUCAGACAAGACAGAAGUGGACGGAGAUGUCACGCAAUCUGCAUGAAGGAGAGAUGGUGCUGAUCGCAGACCCAUCGGUGCCUCGAGGCUCGUGGCCCCUGGGCAGAGUCGCCAGGACGUUCCCCGGUCAGGACGGCCUCGUCCGCGUCGUGGAGGUGAACACGCGGAAGGGUGUGUACAAACGACCGGUCACCAAGAUCGUGCGACUGGAGCUAGACAACUGA